CUUUGUUUUUCCGUCCGGCCGAUCCCGUCGGUUGCGGAGCUCCGUGAUGUGUCGGUGGUCGGAGAUGCGAGCUUCGCGUCUCGUCGGCCUUGUUCGUCGGCCCAACUGACGCCAGCGAAGCUGCGAAGCAACACCGACGAAGCACCGCCACCACGCUCGUCGUGCUCUGGACGUCGUUCCAGGGGCACGCCGCGGACGCGACGGACUUUUUGGACGAUCAAGCUGGACUAACACCUAGGAAGCCCUGGCUUCUCCGCUACACCAGGAGAGUCAGGCCCCCGCAAUGGCGCCGACGACGAUUGAGACGGUCACGGUCGUCAGGCCGCUGAAGGUGUUUGCCUUCAUCUGCGGCCUGAUCGUGAUCCUGCUGAUGAUCCUGUGCCUGGCCUCGUCCAACUGGCUCAUAGCGCACAAGUUUCGCCAGGGUCUCUGGGAGCAGUGCGUGGAGGAGGACGCGCCGCUCCCGCUGCCCUUCGGCCUAAACGUCAAGCCCGGCUGCUACGUGGCGCGCACCGUCGCCUACAUCCAGGCGGCGGCCGCCCUCUGCGUCAUCACGCUCCUCUGCGACAUCGCCGCCACCGUCAUGACCGGGUGCGGCCUGUGCAGCAAGAACCCCGUGCGCAAGUACCUCAUGUACAGGCUCGCCUUCUACGUCAUGGUCUGCGCACUGCUGUGUAUACUGAUUGCGCUGGUGAUCUACCCGGCGUGCUUCGCGGCCGAGAUCGAGGAGAGCAACCGGCAGCUGUGGGAGUUCGGCUGGGCGUAUGGCGUGGGCUGGGGCGCGGCCAUCUUCCUGUUUGGCGCCAUCCUGCUCCUGCUGUGCGACAAGGAGACCGAGGAGAUCUACUACCGCGAGCGCGCGCUGCCGCACGAUGGGGCGGCGGACUCCAAGGCGUAGCCUCCGGGCGUCCGCCUGGGCAAUGGACGCGCCGUCGCCGCCUGAAUGUUAACCACACAACAGCGCGAGCGUGCCGAGGAAACGCCCAGGCGAUCGUCGCCCGCAGUGCUCCACCUCAAGUCUGCCUCCUACUGACGAUGAUGCGCCCCUCGUUGCCACUACCCCUCCCCCCCUCCCCCUCCUUCUCCACUUACGGAGCGUUUGAAUGUGGAGGGAAGAGAGCACCGCAAGUGGUUCUCAACAGAGUGGACACUCUCGUACUGCUCGGCUUGCGUUAUACACGUCUUUCUGCACCGCCAUGCUGUGGCUGCUCGUUCGGGAAGCGCGCAUGGUGCGUUUUUCAGUAAAACGGCCUUGGGUUGCUAAGUGUUUGGUUGAAAAAAAAAAUGUAUUUGACAUCUUGCUGUGUGAGCCUUGCACACCUUCCAAGUGCUUUUCCACCGUGUGGAAUGAGAGAGAUCCUUCAUCUUAAACACAGUCUCUUUAGGGCUUCUUAAGGACUGUCAAUUCAGAACUGAGGACAUUGUGCACAGCUUGAAGACUGUCGUUUGCAGAAGGUGCGGGGUACUUGCACCUUCCACAAACAGAGGACAGGCACAUGGUAGCCUCUAGUCAUUUGAAUUGUAUCACACAUUUCACUUCAUUUACCUUCGGCAUGUGAACCUAGACAUAUUAGCAUGUCGCUAGCAUUGUGCAAAAAUGUUGGGCAGCAGCUCCCUCGAUUUUGUUUUCGUUUGGGCAACAGAUCGAGCAGCUGUGAAUGUGGCUCUAGGGGAACUGCGUGUGUGUUCCCAGGUGUGCGGGCUCUGCUUCAACACUUCCUAGGCACAUACGUUGGUGGCAUGCUGUCACCUAGUAUGUGCAAGUGAAGCUGCAAGUGAAGCUCUGUGUGCGUUUCGAUAGAGUAGCCAUGGCUGGAUGGUGUAAGCGAAAAAAAAAAAAGCCUUGCAAUCGCCCUGCCAUGUCACCACCUGUUGUUACCAUCGUGAAAGAGUGCAUUGAGUGCUUCAGACUAUGAGACAUUUUCUUGCUCCCUCACAUUGUUUGCGGAUGUGUGAAGUUGUCCAGCAGUGCCAUUCUGUGGGCGCUGCUGCCUGCUGUGCGAGUGCUGGUGUGCGUGAUAUCAUUCCUCAUCCACUCCAAGUUUGCAGUCAUCAGCAGUGUCAGAAGUGGAUGACUGGAUGUGGAAGUUGUUGCGCUGUUUUUUCUUUUUACUAUUAUUACUUUCGCGUAAGAGCAAUGAUGUGCUGGAUUCAGCUGCACCGCUUAACGCUCGCCUGCAAAGCCAAGAGAAGAGGAAGGCCGUGGUUGUUCCGUCAGGUCUACCGCCACGCUGCUCCCCACCUUUUCAUCCGGGACAGUGCAGGAUGGCCGAUCGUUGUUCUCCGGACUUCGCGUCGUCGCGACGCUGUAAUUCAUCACAACUGUGCACCGUGGCUGUGAGUGUGUGUCUGUGCUGUGAGCAUGCACAACUUCGUGAAAAGAGCUAGACCAGCGGUUCGACCCAUACGGUUGUGCAGAAGUCGCAGAGGCAGACGACUCGCGGUCACAGUGCCGGUGUGGUGUGUGCUUGUGGUGUGUGCUCGUCAUAUUGUGUCGCGAGGCGACGAAGAUGGCCACAUUCGAGCGGUCUAGUCGGUCGAGCGUUCCGGCCGUCGCCAUGGACGUGUGCGUGGGACGUGUGGAAGGUGGAAAGGAGCGGAAGCCUUGACGCUACCUGCUUCGUUCGGAGACGCGAGUUGGACACUGUGUCGGAUGUGCCACGCUGUACGCAAAGUGCAAGACAUGAUAAUAGAUGAUGCCUUGAUGUGCUAGUUUAACAGUGAAUACACGACCUGUUGGUUUAAAGCAACGCUCCUGUUUCACGUUCUGCAGAUUAAGCAAAAUAUGGGAGCCUUCUGGGUGUGGCAAUCGGCCUUGGCCAAAACCGUACUGCGCAUAAACAAAUAAUGGGCUCAGAGUUUAAUCCCACCGCACUUUUCUCUUUUAUUCAUAAGCCUCAGACAGGCUCGCGUUGCUUGACAUUGACUGCUCAGCUCAUGCAAGCUGCCUGUGCCUCAACACACUGUAAUAGAAACGUACGUGUUUGAAUAUCAAGCUGCGCAUAACUCACUGGCGGAUUACGCCGUGCUAAUUGUUAACUUUGGUCUUACAAAAUCUUCAAAAUCAAAAUGAAACCUCGUCUUGACAGAAAUCUCUUGGCCCAGAUCUUGUUUCUUCCGCAGUGGUCGUGUCACUUUGAAACAAGUUUGUACAUAACAACAGAGAGGUCUUUUGUUCAUUACGCUUUGUUUUUGUUGAACUGUUCGGUUACCUGCCUACUCCCUUUAUACCAGAUCAUGCCAGGAGCAAAAAAGCAAUGAGCUGUAACAAAUAUGAACAUUCACAGGAAACACACCUAGCUGUUCUAUAUUUUUUUUCUUUUUUCAAGGAGUGACUGUUUUUGUGUUCUCGCUAUAGACCUGUAGGCCCACGCAAACUGCCCAUGAAAACUGAGAUCUUGCCAGUGGAAUUUUAUUGCUAACAAGAAUAGCAAGGAGCAAGGUUGUGAUGCACUUUUUGCACGGGAGCUUACAACAAGCUCUCUUUUUUGUUAAUAAGGUGAAUGCACUUCGGUUAAGUGCUUCUGUGUCUGGUUAUCUUUGUGUGGCAGCUGUAAUGAGAUUUCGUCUAAUUUUCAGAUGCCAUUAGUGCAUACUGAGUGUCCGAAGGAGAUUACCACAUGACUGACACCCCUGUCACGCAACAUAGUUAAUGUCAUUCGCAGCAAGUGAGAUAACAUUGCUGUUUUUGUUGUAGCCACGCUGGCACAGCGAGCAAGAUUCACAGUUAACAUUCAAGCAUUGAAUGUGUUUCCGGAACGCAAGCUUGAGCACCUUGUCUCGAUCACAGGGGCUUUGCAGAAAUCUACGAAAUUGAUAAGAAGGAACAAAAAAGUAAUCUAAUUUAACCUUUUUAUUAGUUUCUAAUGUUAGCUUUUUAUUUCUUUUUUUAUUCUCGACACAAUACCAUUCCAAGCAAUUCGCAAAACUAUGUGUUUCAGUCACUAACAGCUCUUGUCCGAUGCUCGUUUACAAAGCCGUCCUUUGUGUCGGCGAAGUGGUAGUGGCACUGAUUUUGAUUUAUUAUGGAAGACAAUGGAAAUAUGUAAAUGAAAAGCAUGAUUUGCGACUUCUCAUUACCGUAGCAGCCUGCCGGCAAACGUCGCCAUCAAUUGCGAAGGCUAUUUUUAUACCCAUGUAGACUGGGAACAGUAUGUUGCAGUGACAUUCUUCAACAUGCACAUCAUUUAUUGGAAAUGACACUGACUGCGACAGGGGUAUCAUUCCGCCUGUUUUACUUUUCCCCACGUUUUCCUUUCUUAUAAUGUUGGUUUGUUUGUUUGGGGCAGUAGGCAAUCUGGGGACGAGUUCCUUAAUAAUUUUUAGUGGCGAUUGCAAUGUUUCGUUUCCUUGUGCAUGUAUUAUGGUCACUGUGCAAAAUCAUAUUAAUUUAUGCCAAUUAAUAUUAUCGAACGCCAUCCUCGCAUUUUUAUGUUGCUUCAGGCUUGUUCACUGUCGCGGAACUUGUGUCGAGUGUUGAAUGUGAGCAGCAUUGCGCUAACACGCCACAUUCUUUAGUAGAGAACGCUCAUGUUAACACUCAUGUUUCAUAGGGCGGCUGGCAAGGCAGCUUAAUUAUAAUUGACGUUUUAUGUAAUCUGACGUACAUGCCCUGUGUCAACAAUCUGAACCUCCUUACAGUUUACCAAGAGCUGCAUUUUGAUUCUUUAAAUCUUUCCGGUCACCUUCAGUCUUUGUGUUGAAUAUUAGUAUGCCCUGAAUUAUGUACGAUGCCCCGAAUUGUUGACUGAGAUUGUCUGAAGUGCUUUCCAGAAUGUUGACAGCUUCCAGUGGAGUGAUUUGAUGGUUGGUGCUUGGUGAGCGGGUGUUUUUGUGGAACAUAGCCUAUGCAGAACAGAUGGCAGUUUCGUUUCAUUAUUUUGCACAUUCACAAAAAUUAAAGAAGCCCACAUGAGUCGAGCUGAACACCUGUGCAUCUGUGAACAAUAUUCAAUCGUAUAUCUGUAAUAUUUUCUAUGAGACAUUACGUAGGAUCUUUGUUCUCUUAGCAUUCUCUGUUCCAAGUUCUUUUGAAAACUUGGUUAUUCAUUUAACUAAGAGCACUCAACAAUGUGAAGUAAACAUUCUCAAGGACACUGUCGAGCUUCCUGCUUUAAUUUGUGAACACGUUUAAGUGUCCAUCUAUGCAUGUUGUCUUUAGAUUGCCGUGUUCCUAAAAGCUGCCAACUCUAUUCAUCGCAAAACAGGAAGUAAGCCACAGACAACAGCGAAUGACAAAAAGCUUGCUUUGAUUAUAAUACAGUAGACUCUCGGUAAACACAAUUCUCUUAAUCCGAACUGCUGCUUAAUUGCAACAGUGGCCUCUAAUAUGAUUGCCUCGACCAUUGAAUUUCGCACCCCUGUUCAAAUCUCGGUUACCAGGACUCCUGUUAAACGGAACAUAUUUUUGUGGUCCCUUCAGAUUCUGUUUAACGAGAGCCCACUGUAUAUUGAACCACUUAAGACUACAAUAUUGCAUUCUACAAGAUGUUCAUUCGUCUGCUGGAUAAAUCAGUAUUGUUUGUCAUUGUCAUGUUUGUCCUUUUUUCUUUGCCACGUGGUUCUGCGAGGUGUGUGUGCGUGUGCGUGAGGGUUUUGCAGGUGCGGAUUGUCGGUUGCCGUGGGCGGCGCAAAGGAAUGAAAUGUCGUCGUACAUUGGUAAGGCAUCGAGCAUGGUAGAGUUUCUGGAAUGCAUGCGUCGUUGCAGAAGGUUUGAUCCUCUGCCGACGCUUUCUCCAAGUUCCUCUCUACUAGAGUCCACCACCCUAUUCAUAGCCCUGACAUCCAAAUAAUCCCUGGUCUCCGAUCAUUACUUCUCUCUGUUUUCAAGUACCUUCUCGAGUAUUACUAAACUCGGCAGUACGGUGAGCAAGCCCUGCGGAGAGGGAGGUUGCUUGUUGGGGUUCCAUUUAUUCCUUUGUUUGAGAAUCACGCAACUUUGGUCUUGUGCAUAUUAAAAUGGUAAAGGGCAAUCCUGCUCGAUGCAAGGCGUGAUUUGUGCAAGGCUCUUUUUGUAUGUCUCGCUCAUAUAUUUUGCCUGUUGCAGGCACGGCAGCUGUCUAAUAUCAUUCAACCUAGUUGGUCUUUCAUUAUUCAUCAUGGAAGAGCAGCAGGGCAAGAACAGCAGGGCCAUCAUGCCUCGUGCACAAUGAGAGAACCGCCAGCAGAGGAGAUCUAAAUUGGUUAAAUCGAAUGAGUCCUUACUGAGGUUAGGAUUAAGGAUUGCGUUUGCCAUAGAUGUCCAAGCUGUCUUCUUCGAUAUGGACACGUAAACUGUCCAACAGAUCUGAGGACUUACUGAGCCCUGUGCUGCCUAGCUUCGACGAUUCAAUGAGUAAGUGAAUUCCAGAAAGCUUGGGGACCUCCUUCGAGGGCUAGUGGUCUCUUGCAGGUCAUAAUACCUUGCUUGCUUUUGCACCUUGCCUUCUUUUUGAUUCGUUCAUUGCGAAUAUCAUUUCUCUGGCUAGCAGGAUGGGUUUCGUAUGGACGAUCCACCUUUCGGAUACUAUACGCCACAAGUGAUGCAUACACACACAUGCACGUGAGUGGUAUCAACACUGCACUGCAUGCACUGGAGUGUACACUCAUCAAGUCGCCGUUUAGCUAUAUGAAUCGACAAUGAUGAUUAACACCAGUCCAUUUCUGCUGUAGUAUUUUUUUUCCUCUUGUGAUCGACUUAUCCCCCCUGUACGCUUGGCUGAAGGAAUUGUUGGGGAAAUGGGCAGCCUUAUUCUGUGGCAGCUAAUCUAAUUAGUUAUUAUUUUGCUAUCCUCUCGUUCAUUGUGACUCGCAUACUUGCAUUCAGUAUUGAAAACAUAGUGCUCACGCUUCGACUGCUGGAAGCCAGGCUGGAAACUCAAUACUGUGGCACCCUAUGGAGGUAUCGACAUUCGGGGAAGCAGGCAUGCAUUUUGCGACCUUGAGUGAUGAAGAACAUGGGAUAACGUCAGCCCCCAUUUUUUUACUUUUGUCACCCUCUAUGCUCACAUAUGCAGAUUGCCAGUACAUUACUUGGUUAGCGCAGGAACACAGAAAGUGUUGUCCUGAGUAGUAUGACUUAGUGCUCGAGGUUUGUGUGAGAGCUGAAGGAGCCCACGAAAAAGGGUACUGCAAGAGGUCAGUGUUUCAACGCUGUAAGAAAGUGUGCUGUAAUGUGUUAUAUUUAUUAUGUGGUGAGACAGUGUUAAGUGUGGAUGCGCACUACAGCUGUAAUGUGUACUCUUGUACUAAUGGGCAUGUGUAGCCGAGUUGCUUUGUGCCUCAUGAAUGUGUAUGCAAUCAAAAUUUAUAAAGAACUUCAGUUUCCUGUUUUGGAAACACAAGCUGUUUCACGUUAUGGCAUCACUCUGUUGUAGCAGCACGAAUUGCCGGAAUAAGUCGGCGGCUACAUUUUUACAUCUUUUGGUCGAUCAUCUUGCGAAAGAAAAAGGCCUCUUACUUUCGUGCAUGCAUUUGCCUAACGGGAAAAUUUGUGCCGCUGAAUCGCUGCAUCGAUUUUUGCAUUUAUUUCUGGCUAUGUUCUUGCUACCUGAUGCUCUAAAAGCCUUCUUGUUUUUGUUGAAGUGUAGGAGGUAAAAGAGUAAGCCCUUAAGUCAUUGUCCUAGAAAUGUGAAUGUUGAAACCACUGCCAAACUUUUCCAUCAGAUGCAGAGUGUGUUGUGGAGUUUUGGCGCGAGUCAUAAGAUGCCCAUAUCUCUUUCUUUGUAUUCUCCAAGAAUGUGUGUAGCUUUCAUGUGUUUUUGAUAAUGGACGUGCAUGUGUUGAACUCCCAUAGGUUUGGUUGCGUGGUUUUUCACACUUUCGAAUUGUGUAUCAGUGCCGUGCAUUUUGCAUUCUGCUCCAUACGAGUCACCGCGCGGCUACCGACACAUUUCUGUCGUGUGAACGCAGCACUCGCGCUGACGUUUGCACAUGGUUUCUCGCAAGCGUGUGCGACUGUUGACAAGUGGAACUUCUCAUUGUCAGGUUUUUUACCCUUAGGCGAGCAAUGUUCAAAUCGACUUUAGGUGGGAAGUUCUGAACACAUUUUUAGACAGACACGGCCUAUGCUUUUCUUUCUCCUUUGUGCUUUAUGUUCGUGUUGUGUGCACAUAAAAACAUUUACAUGCUUUUACACUUGCAUGCACAGUUAAGUCAGUAGGUGGAUCUUUCCAAGUCGCACUCCAACCUUCUCAGACCAUAAUUUUUCGCUUCGACAUUUCCUGCAUGUUUAUGUUAAGUAAAGUGAAAUUUCCUGCUCGCUUGUGCACUUCACUAAAGUGAUUAAGCAAUCCACUGAAGUACAAUGAAUCACUUGCAAGAACAUUCAAACUUAGUAACAGUUUCAUCGUGUGAUUAGGUUUAUGCAAUAUGACAGUAGUAGAGUGAACUGAACGUUAUGUGCAUUCGUACUUUCCCGCAAUCAAUGCACUAAAAAACUAGAGAACUGAAUUUGAAUGCAGUGUUUAUAUUAUCGAAGCAGGCUUUUUUUUUAUCACUGUCGCUGUGGUCACUGCAUCUGUGUAUGCACGACGAGUUCUUUUUCUUUCGGGGCAAACGCUUUAAAUUUGCAUUUAAUUUUUCAACAUGUCAUAGGCUUAUAUUGCGUGUUUUCAUUCUCAUGAUUUUAGGAGUGGAGGAGGAUAGCUGGAGAGAGUAUUAUCAUUUUGCUGUUUCUGACUUGUCUGUGCAUUUCCUUUUGAGGAGUGGAUUCGAUCAUUAGUACCAUGCAGUGCAGUUUAAUGUCGGUAAAAACACUAUAAAUAAAUAAGUUAGUAAAAACAAGUUCAGCUGGAAAAUCUAGUAAGCCUGCUUGAUACCACCAUGACUGCGUAUAAACUGGGAAAGUUCUACUACUAUUAAAGAAAAAUAUGAAAUUUUACAGUGUCUGCCAAACCAUACAUGCAUUGCAUUUCUUCAUGCACUGAUGUAUGUAUUCGCAGCUUUCACCUCACUUUUCUCUGCACCGUACUUGAGGGACCUACCACAUUUUGCUGCACCAGUUUUCCAUUCCCUCGAUGCUUGGCAAUAGAACCGCUUUUUCACCGUCAUUCGUAACCACAUUGGUGAGCUGUGUUGCACUGCUCUGUGUGCACAUUGCAAAGCCACGAAACUAGCUCGUGAAGUGUUUGUUGCAGCUAAAGUGUUCCUCGUUGAUUUAUUUUUUUCUAUUUAUAAACGACUUAGGUGUCUGCACGGUGACAGUUGUUAGGAGCUGGAGGGAAGGUAGUGAAAUAAUUUCGCGCAGUCCGUAGUCAGUGACAUAAUGAACAUUAGACAGGCUCAUAUCAUAAUGUAAUUGCAGAUGAAAGUUGGCCUGGUUGGUCAUCUUGAAAUAAUAUUAUAAUGCGAGGAAAACAAGGGCAGCAGAGGAACACAGAACACAGAUUGACAUCUGCCAAUCUGCUUGUCUGUGCUUAAGUUAUUCGAAGAUGAAAAAAAAAAAGAAGCUAUUGCACGUUGUCUCAACCUCCACACUAUCUGCAGUGAUUCAGUAGUAUUGGCCAAGUCUGUUGCCUUUGGGCCUUCCUUUCCAUUCUCAACCGACGAGUUCAACAUUUAGGUACGUUCGGUUCAAGAAGCGGUCAGUCAUUGGCACAAGCUGGCAUGGUCAGGAGCGUUCUUUUCGAACACAACAGAGAAAUGCACGCUACGACGUGUCGCCUGGUAGGCACAGGCAUAGCUGACCAUCUAGCGAGUGACAGAAGAAACGCACUUGACAGCAGUCCAUGAGCUUCAGAGAAGUAAGCAGUCCUUGUCCCGCAGUGUGCAGCAAAUCGAUAUCACGACGGGUUAGUGUAGUGAUGAGGAAAUGUAAAUUUGCACUCACGCUAAAGGACAACAAAUUCGUGAUGCCAAUCGCACUGUGUGCGACAUGUAGUUGUGUUCACAGUACAAGGAAGUGAAUGGACAAUGGGUAUUGUCAGGCAAGCAGAUAAAAAUUCCAUUUGAAGUGCAUUCAUUUGCUGCAUUCUUGACCUGUCACUGGCCAUGUAUAACAAAGCAGCUUCAGUAUUAUUGCAUGCCCAUACCAACUCUUCUGGGAAGUUGUGUGGAUUGUCCCAAGAUGAUACCGACCUCUUUCUUUUUUUCUUGCUUUAAAGAAAGUUUCCUACUUUUUGUGUGCACCAUCAAAGGAACGCAAUCGCUUACAUCUUGUUUCCCUAGCCAUAUAUAGAGGCGCACAUGUUUUCUGUAGAAUAAUCUAUAAAGGACUUCCUUUUGUGAGUUGCAGCUAUUUCAAUUUAGGUUGAUCCUUCUUCUCUUGUUUUCGUUCCGUCCAAGUACACAGAUGCCCUGCCUAAGAGGAGGGACCUUUUUUUGUUGUAAGAAAUAAAUAAAAUAUAAAUUAAUUUUGGGUUAAAAACUCAUUCCUGUUUUGUUUUGCUCUUCUUUUUUUUUCUUUUUGUAAAUACGAGAAGCCAAGCACUUGCCAAUUGCUUUUGCAUGCGGUGAGUGCAGGUGCGGUACUCUGGUGUAGCAGACUGCUAGACUAGCUUGUGAUGUUGUGGGUUGUGCAUUUCACCGUUCUAUUGUGUUUUUUUUUUUUUCUAACAUGUAUAACGUUUAAUCCUGCUGAACAGCUUGGCUGUAAAAGCAGGUAGCAUCUUUUUUUUGUUUUUUUUUUACUUGAGCUGUAGCAGCACUCUGAAACCAUAUAUCUUAUAAGCAAAGAAGCUUAUAAAAUAUAUUUACUGGGCAACAUACGAGAAAGACGGCUGUUGUAUUUUCUGGUGCAGUUUGUCGUUAAAAACUUCGUGCCGCGAUUAUCGGAUGCCCAAGUUCUCAUUUCGGUAAUAUGGAUAGGAUACCUGGGCUAGUUGGUACAUUACUCUAGGAAAACUUUAGUGCUGGGACAUUGAGAUUGGAAAAAAAACAUGCUAAAAAAUUGCUUUGUUCUAGCGAAUUUUGCAUAGACAAUUUAAAAAAAAAAAUGCAAAGUUCAAAGCUUCAACACUACUUACUGCCUAUGCUCAGAAUGAAGUACUGUCCAAACGAAAUCUGCGUGCGAUUUUACCUGUCGUUAGACAUCUCACCCACGUGCACUCUCAUCUGUGGCUUUCAUGUGUGAAAGUUGCUUUGCGGUGUAAUUGGUGAAUGGGAUAAAAUUGCAAAAAAAAAAACAGCAAAGUAUUCAAGCCUGUGCAAAGAGGCCUGCGUAUAUAUGUACGUUCAUCUCUCCGAGUGUUUAUAGAACUUUUGACGUGCUUGCCGCCUGUGGCAAAAAAAAAAAUGUUAUUGCCUACCUUUGUGUGCGAGCUGUUUGUAGUCGCAACUCGCGUGUGCGCGAGAGUUUUGCAAACCUUUUUCAUUGCAUUUGCAAUAGAGCUUGUUUUCUUACUACCAUAUCUCUCGGAUAAUUCUUGUCUGAAGAUAAUUAUUGUCAAUGUUCUACACUAGCCUCAGUUGGCAGUUCCCUUCUGAUCACUUUUUUUUGUUCUUCAGUUGCUGAACUUAGUUCAGUAGUGCAACUCUUAUAAUGCGGUUUGUUUUUUGGAGAGAUCAAAUAAAAGUUACAUUU